CCCAGUGCGGUGCUGUACUUUGUUCAGGCCAUGCCAUGAUUUAUCAGCCCCCGUCCGCGCUGGCCCUACCUUAGUACCAAUACCUGAGCCAUUACCGCUCCCAUCCACUGAUACAUAAGCUAAGGCACUGCCUGCCUACCUGGUCCACGGCUGCCCUUCCAUCGGACCUCCGAUCUGAGCUAGCCUUGGUUGACGUACCUUACCUUACCGCACCGUGCCGUCGUCACCGCCAACCGUUUUGACGAGCUUGGCCACCUUAGUACUUUAUCUUUUCUCCCCCGCCCCCCAACAAACCGCCGAGCAAACAUCCUCACGCACAUCGCUCCCGCCCCCCCCGAGUCUUGCGCUGGCCAACCUGCGCACGAUACAAACCUCCGUUGCGGUCCGUUGCGUAGCCAGAGACGCCGAGAUCUUUAUCCUACCUGUUAAUCUCUAAUCGUUCGACAUGGGAAGCUAUACCUUCAAGUGGGAGCAUCCCGCCGAGGAGGCCUUUGUCACGGGCACCUUUGACAACUGGCAGAAAACGGUCAAGCUGGAGAAGCGCGAUGGCGUCUUCCAGCAAAAGGUGGACAUUGCGCACCCUCUGCACAAGAUCUACUACAAGUUUGUCGUCGACAACAAUUGGACCAUCAACGAGUCCUCGCCUCACGAGCCAGACAGCGAGGGCAACAUCAACAACUUCCUGACCCAGGCCGACCUCGAGCAGCCGAGCUUCAGCAGCUCCAUCCUCAACACCGUCACUCCCGAGUCCACCACCGUCGCAAUGGCUGGAAAGAAGAACAACAAGAAGAAGCAGCAACAGAAGGCCCAGCAGGCCGCCCCUGCUACCAAGCCUGCCGAGACUGCGCCGGCGGAGACCACGGCUGCCGCCCCGGUCGCCGCUGUGGUCCCUGUCGAGGCUGCACCCGCCGCCGAGCCCACGGCUGCCGCCGCUGUUGUUGCGCCCGUUGCUGCCGAGAGCAGGGACGAUACCGCCACGCCGUCCAUUGUGCCCGGCGGCUUCCCUGAGACGCCCGCGAACGAGGAGGACAAGACGGUCAGCGUCAAUCCCCUGCCCGCCGCGCCCGGCGCAGUCAACCCCAUCACCCUGGAGCCUGGCGAGAAGAUCCCCCAGACCGUUACCGGUCAAGGCCUCAACGACAAUGUCAAGCUUGACAAGGAGUCGUACGAGAAGAGUGAUGCGUUGCCCGGUGUCGUCGCGACUGACCUGCCGCCCGUUUCCAAGAACACCAUCCCCGAGUCUAGCCUUCCCAUCACCAGCAACAAGGAUGCCACCAUCAACACUGUCGGCCCCGGUGCCACCACCGCUGCCCUGGCUGGCCAAGUCCCCCUCGAGUCCAAGGAUUCCAAGGUCCCAGAGGUCGUCAAGGAGAGCCAGCAGAAAGCUGGCGUCGCCCCCGAGGCCUCAGCUGUCCCUGAGGAGGUCAGGGAGAAGGCUGCAGUGGAGGAUGAGCUCAAGAGCAAGGUUCAGGAAGCUCCCGGCACCUCUGAGGGCCACGCCGGCGUUGGCGCCGAAAAGCAGGAGAACACUGGUCUGAUCGCCGGUGCUGCUCUCACCACUGGUGGUGCCGUUGCCGCUGCGGUCAUCGCUGCCAAGGACAAGCUCGUCGAGGCCGCCGGCCCCACCGUCAACGAAGCCGCUGCCUCCGCUACCGAUGCUGCCAACAAAAACCUACCGGACUCGGUCAAGGCUCAGCUGCCCGAGGCAGCCCAGAAUCAUCUGGCAGCGCAGUCCAAGGAGACCACCCGAGAGGAGGUCUCCCCGCAGGUGCCCACCGAGGUCAAGGAGUCUCUUACUGAGGCUGGGAAGAGCCCCGAGGCUGCCGGCAACACCGAGGCUGUUGUCGAGAAGAAGCAGGUCGAAACUGAGCUGCUCAAGGAGGUCAAGCCGGCGCCAGCCGUGGACGAGACCAAGUCUGCUGCGACCAAGGCGCCCACAACUAAGCCCACGGAGACGGCGGCGACGCAGGGCAAGGCUACCGAGGCCAACCCCGAAGCGGCCAAGACCGAGGCGGUCAAGGCUGGUGCCGCCAACGGUACCAACGGCACGGAGACGAAGCCUGCUGAGGCCAGCACACCCGCCUCCAAGGAGGCGAAGAAGAAGAGCCGCCUGAGCACCAUGUUCAGCAAGCUCAAGGAGAAGCUCAAGUAAACGCGCCGGAGAGAAAAAACAACGAAGAGACGAGAGGCUGGGAGGCUCCAUGUUGAGGUGGUAUUUGCGGUAAUGGUUUUCCUUUUUGGUUUGUCGAGUGUUACCUGUGUCAAAUGAUUCCCCCAGAUUCUGCGAUAGGAGAGAAUGGUCAGAGCCGUUGGCCCGUCUCGCGCCAACCAUCAUAUACCUAGGUAAUUCAUGAUCAUUUUCGGAGUCGCCCUUUCUUGUUUGAAUCAGUACCGGCAACCAUGCAUACCAGGAUGUCGUGGCGUUGGCUGAUGUCUCGGGCUGGGCGGUUUGGUGGAAAGAUCGUUGUCAAGUAGUUCAUCUUCACUACAUAUAUACCGAUCAAAUGAGAGACCACGCCAUGGUGCAUGUGGGC